AUGAGGUAUGGCAAAAAGAAGUACUUUUUCUCUGAAACUGAAGCGAACUGGACUGCCAGUCAGAACUUUUGCUUUUCCUACGAGGGGGUCCCUAGUUAUACUGGACACUCAAGAGAAAAAGGAUUUCGUAAUGUGCUUGAAAGGCAGUUCUGACUCUUGGAUUGGCCUCCAAAGGGAGGAAGUAGGACAGCCCUGGAAACAGCCGGAUGGUUCCCUCUUCAGCAACUCGUUCCGGAUCCGAGGCGACGGCCUUUGCUCCUACGUGACUCAAAGAGUGGUCAACUCCACAUGGUGCUACAGCAGUCAAUGUUGGAUCUGCAGCAAACCAGCCCAUGCUGCUUGAGAGAAAUAUUCAGUAUAUGCCCCUGCGCCAAAUAAACCCUAUGAAGGAAUUGUCCCAGUUGUAGCUUCUUGCACAUUUCUCUCUUUCUGUCCUGAAGCAUUCGAAUUUUUUCAAAUUCCUAUCUCCGCUGUUUCUAAAUUGCAGACCACAGAAAGACAUUCAUAAGACCUGGAACACAGAGAGGCACCUCGGUUUACUUUUGAGAAACUUGUUAUUGACCAAAAAUGAGCCAAAAGAAAUAUAAUCAUCAUAUUCUGUCUGGGAAUAAACUCGAAUGCAGGUAGAAAAAGGUGAU